CGCCAAGACACGUCGGCUCACCUUGAUCUGGAUUACUCUUGAACUCUCCCGCUCUUUGACAUCCUCCUCUUGCUAGCUUGCCUCCCUUUGACCUUCUUAACCGACCCGAGAAUGGCGGACCAGCGCCUGCUCCUCCUCCUCCCGGCGUUGUUGUUCCUGCAGCUGCCCGGCGUGGUGACGGGCGACUGCUGGCUGAUCGAGGGCGACAAAGGCUACGUGUGGUUGGCCAUCUGCAGCCAGAACCAGCCGCCCUACGAGACCAUCCCCCAGCACAUCAACAGCACGGUGCACGACCUGCGUCUGAACGAGAACAAGCUGAAGGCGGUGCUCCUCACGUCCAUGUACCGCUUCACCAACCUCACCGACCUCAACCUCACCAAGAACGAGAUCAGCUACAUCGAGGACGGCGCCUUCGCCGGACAGGCCAACCUUCAGGUUCUGCAGCUGGGCUACAACAAGCUGACCAACCUGACCGAGGGCAUGUUACGAGGACUGGGUCGAAUGCAGUGCCUCUUCCUUCAGCACAACCUCAUCGAGGUCAUCGCCGCCAAUGCCUUCUGGGAAAGUCCCAGCCUGAGCAGCCUCGACCUGUCCUCCAAUAAGCUGUCCCGCCUGGACCCGUCUACCUUCACCGUCCUCAACCGGCUGAUCGUAUGCGAGCUCGUGGGAAACCCCUUCCACUGCGGCUGCGACCUCUACAGCUUCCUCACCUGGCUGGAGAUGUUCAACAACGUCACUCACACCUACGACCGCCUCCAGUGCGAGACCCCUCGAGAAUUCAACGGCUAUCCUCUCCUGAGUCCGUUGCCGGGACACGGGAGGAACGCCAGAGUCAUCCUGUCGAACAGGUGUCAGGACGGUGUCAUAAUUCCAGGGCUAUCGUCCACCGGACCGGAUCUUGAUGGCUCCGGCAUGGGUCUGGACAACCCAGACCCGGGCUUGUACCACCAGCCGAGCUUCGCGUCUACCCCCGAUCCCACCUACAACCAUCAGAUCUCUUUAAGGCUCAGGAGCGUCUCGUUCUUCACUGCUUCCGUCGUGGUGCGAUUACCGCGACCCUACAGCAAGAUGUACGUCCUGUCGCAGUACAACAACACCUUUGUGGCGGACAUCAUGCCCCUCAAGACCACGAAUGAGAAAAUCAAUUUGGAUAAGCUGCGCCCGCACACCAACUACACGUACUGCGUGGCCUCCGUCAGCAAGUCCCAGCGCUACAACCACACGUGCUUGUCCUUCGCCACGCGGGCGAUUGGACUGGCGGACCCCCGAAGCAAUCCGUCCACCACGACGCACUACAUCAUGACCAUCUUGGGGUGCCUCUUUGGUAUGGUCAUCGUGCUCGGGUGCGUCUACUACUGCCUGAGACGGCGACGCAUCCACGAAGAGAAGGAGAAAGCUCUGAGUGUCAAGAAAACCAUCUUGGAGAUGAGGUACGGUCCGGAGGCGGCGGCGGCGGUGGCUAAUGACCCGGCCGCCAUGCAGCGCCUCCAGGAGCAAGCCCACCACCAGCACCACCACGGAGGCGGGGCGGGGAGCAAGCUGCCCCCGUCGGCGUCCUCGAGCACGGGCAUGCUCCACGGCUCCGCCAACACCACCUCCUCGCGCCUUUCCAGCUUGCCGCAGGUGGAGAAGAUGGCCUCCGCCUACUCCGAGGCGAUGACCGCCAAGGGGAGUUACAUGGACGUGAGGACCGCUGGAGGGAUUCUGGAGGGCAGGGAGGGAGAGAUAUUGGCGGGGUGUCCGGCGGGGGAAAUCGGUUUGGAUAUGAGAGGCGCGGCGGAAAACGGGACGGACGUGGCGGAGGAUUCCGACGAUGACGGCCGUGGCUCUGCCUCCGAGAUCUCCACCAUCGCCAAGGAGGUGGACAAGGUCAACCAGAUCAUCAACAACUGCAUUGAUGCCCUGAAACUGGACGCCUCAGCCAACGUCAUCGCUACGGCGGAUAACAACCCAGUGUCCUCCGCACAGCCUCAAGUCUGCCUCGCGUCCCACUCCCGGAAUCUGCUGCCCCUCUCACCGGGAGAUCAGGCGAUCAUGGCGUCCUCCCCGAAAGUGCACCCGAAGUCUCAUCCUCAAGCCGCGCCUCAGCUUCACCAGAAGCCACUCCCACCCUCCAUGGCCCCCGUACCCCUGGUGAUGCCCCUGUCGGAGCGGCCCGGCAUCAGCGGCGGAGGGUUCCUCUCCCCUCCGUACCGUGACCCGCCCCCGGCCAACGCGGUGAGACCUCUGCAGAGGCAGUUGAGUGCUGACACUGCCGUGGCAAAGAACCGCUGCGGGCCCCCUGCCGGGGCAACCGUCAAGAGCACCAGGGUUUUCAGCAUGGACGUUCCCGAGCAGCGCAGCGACCCGCCCAAGUACCCGUCGGAAAAGAACAGCCCCGUCGGCUGUGGCAGGAGCGCAGGCGGAGUAGGGGGCUGCAACGGCGUCAAUGGCAGCGGGGUGAGCGUGAACGGCGGUGGCAUGGCGUGUAGUAACGGCGGUGGAGGUCGAGGUGUGGCGGCCGGUCAGCAGCACCACCUGGAGGUUCAGCCCGAUUACCACAGCUCCGAACACCGCCAUUCCUUCCCCGCUCUCUACUACGAGGGCGGCAGCGAGUCGCCCUCGCCGGCCCAGAAGGCGUCCUUCCUCAAGCCACUGGGGCGCUCCAAGAGGGAUGCCACGGCCGCCUACUCCCAGCUCUCGCCCUCCCGCCACCACCACCACUACAACUCGGGCUACUCCUCCAGUCCGGAGUAUUCCUCGGAGAGCACGCUGAGGAUCUGGGAGCGAUUCCGCCCUUACAAGAAAAGGGAGGAGGCGUCUUAUAUAGCGGCGGGCCACGCCCUGCGGAAGAAGGUGCAGUUUGCCAAGGACGAGGACCUUCACGAUAUUUUAGACUACUGGAAGGGCGUCUCUGCCCAACAGAAGAUGUAGGCGGAAGCCAACCGUCAGAGGGAGAAAAAAAAAAGGUUGGACGCCAACAAGACUAUAAAGUUUUGGUUUUUAAUGUAGCAGGACACCUUUUCUCUCAGUUCCUCCAAGGUGUGCUUUUACUUUGAAAAGGUUUCUUCUUCUAAUUUGAUUUGGGGAGAAUCCAGCUAGACUUCCCCCCCGCUGGGCGCUUUGGUCCUGGCAGGCUGAAUGAAAGGUUGAGGAGCGAACAAAAGAAGAGGGAAAAACUACCUCAUUAGCGACACGGCGUGGCAAAGUUAUCUCUCGGCGAGCAGACGCCCGCAAACUCUCGCUUCCCUAAUUCCAUCAAACUGCCUUUCACCCAAACGUUCAUUGCACGCCUCCGCCUGCACCGCCGCCGCUCCCGCACAGGCACCGUUUAGCGAGAUAUUGAUGCGGCGGGAUGAGGAGUUUUAGACAUGAGAAGACAGCUAGUUGUCGGGCUGGCGAGUUGUCGACCUUAGAGCACUUCUGGGACGUUUGUGUAGCGUAUCGAUUGAGGAAAAACUCCCCGACUCCGUACGUUCGACUUAAGGAGGGUGGAGUCCGCCAUUACCAUCCACCUCUUACCAUCCACCUCCUCCGUGCUAGCAAAGCUGAUAGCUUAGUGCCGGGGUCUUAAGUGUUUUCCACGCCAAGGACCCCCAAACUGAUGCAGAGAGGACCUCCUACAUUCAGGGGUGUCCAAAGUUUGGACAAAUAAACCCCCAAAAAGUAAGCAAAUUGACGUAAUGUAACGAGGAAAUGAUAUACAUAAAGUUUUAUUAGCAUUUAAUUUUUAUUAAAUUAAAAAAACAAAAUGGCACCGCCAAAACAAAUGGACACCCUUGCUCUACUUAUAUUU